CUAUCUCAGAUUCUCAUCUGUGUGAAUGAAUGUUCUUAAUCUUCCUUCAAUCAAUCUCUCAUCUCUUUAUUUGGCUUUUACAUUUACUGUUGCAAAUUGAGACUUGUGAUUUAAUAAAAAGAUUUAAUCCAUGAAGGUGAAACAUAUAUUCAGAGAUACAAACCCUAAAAAGGCUAUUUGAUGGUUAAACAUACCAUACCCAUCAAGCAAGGAAGAUGCGACCACUAUCACCAUCUAUCCACGCCAAUUUCUUCUCUUCUCUCAGACAGGUGGAGAAGAGAUUGAAAUUAGAACACCCAUCACAGCCUCCCACUCCCUCUUCCCCACAACCGCCGCAGCCGCCGCCGCCGCCGCCGCCACCACCACAUCAACAACAGAACCCUGCUCCUCCACCACCACCGGAAAGCAAUUAUACAUCAACAGAGUCUCUCAGUACCCCUAUAUACCUCAACUUGGACCAACCCACCAACAGCAGCAGCUCAAUCCUCCAAGACAGUGAACCCCCUCAACAAUUCCUCUCAAAUUCCCCUGAUUUCCCACCAACCCAUGAAGACCCACCUCAACCAAACAAUGAACAAACAAUGAAUGAAGUUGAUACGAAUGGCAUUGACAGCAUUGAAUUGUUAAUCCAAUUAUUGGGUCUAUCAGAUUGUAAAGAAGAGGAACAACAAUGGGUUGGUUUGGGUUUAGAGAAUGGUGGAGGCGAUCGCGGUUGUGAUGAGGAGUUUUUAGCCAAGAUUGUUGGAAGGAAGGGGCCAAAGUGUGGGAAGGAUGUGGAGAGAUUGGAGGGAUGGAUUAAGCACUUUUUGAAUGAUGGUGGGGAAGAAAAGAUUGAACCUUUGAGGUUGGCUCAUUUGCUUUUGGGGAAAACUGCUUUUGUUUCAGAGGAUAGUGAUGGUUUUGGUGGUUUUGAGUUCCCCUCGACUAUAGAAGAAUUCUUGCAGAAUGAUCCACCAGAAGAAUAGGUCUCUUUUAUUGAACUACUAAUACAUGAGAGCACCUUCUCACUGUUUAGGUGUGAAUUUUAUUGUAUUCCUGUGUCAUCAGAGAUCUCAUUUUAUAAACAAGUGUGGUUUACUCUUUGAUCAUCUGUAGCAAAUUUAUGAACUAGUUGAUAGAUGUUUGCUUAUCCUAUGCACAACGUUACAGUCAAUGGUUAAUAUUUGGAUCCAUCCAUGGUGGUGGGAAGGUUGAAGAAAGAUUUAUUUGCACCUAUUGAUGAGCUUGUGGAGGCAAAAACUAGGGGCGAGAGGAAAACUCUAGCAAGCAGAUAAGGAGUUAAUUUAAGUUGGGGAGUCUAUGUUUCACACCUGCAUUUCUUGUUGUGAGUGGCCCAUUGAUUGUGUAAAUCUGUAAAUUCUACGCUGUGGUUCGUGAUUGGAGCAACAAAGGGAUGAGAGGAAACUACAUUAGGUUAGCUGAAGUAAACUAGGUGAUGGGAAGUGUGAAGGGGGUAUGGGAUUUAGGGACCUAGCCUCCUUAAACCUUGCCUGUUGCCUGUUGCCUGUUGGUUAACAAUAGCAAAAGGUACUUAUAGGAACAUAUUACUGCCACUGCUCUUUUCUGAAUGCAACUAGUGGAAGUAGCCCAUCUUGGAUAUGGCGAAGCUUUCUAUAGGACGGGAAGCUCUGCAGCAGGUAUUAGAUAGAGGGAGAGGAAUGGCAAAGAAAUUAAUGUGUGGUAAGAUCCAUGGCGCCCCAAGUCAUCUACUUUCAGAGCUAGGUCCAAGCAAUGAGUUUGCUCGGGAGUGUGGUUCGUUUCAGACCUCAUUGUUCAAAUUACUUGUGGUUGGAAGGAAGAUCUAGUAUAUCAAAUCUUCCAUGAGGGUAAUGCACUGGAGAUAACACGGAUUCCUUUUUUAAGACUGGGGGAUUCGGAUAAGUUGAUUUUGUAGCAUACUAACGAGGGAUCUUUGCUCUUCCUGUAAUGAAUGACCAGAGAUAAUCCUUCACUUUUGUUUAGCAAAUGUUAUUUUGCUAGACUGGUUUAGUACCCUUCAAUAUUCAUUGUUGGAAACGCAAUUUGUGAACUCUUGGUGGCAAAAUUUGGUGGAAAUUAUAAGUUGUUGGACACUGGAGUGGGAUAUAAUGCUGUUUUCAUCCUUUGGAGGUCAUGGAAGUCUUGCAGUGAGUUUGUGUUUAGCCAAGUCCAGAUGCCAUCCGUUACAGGUUGCGGAUCUUGCUCAAAAGGGCAGCUGAUGAGUUCGGUAUGGUGCUAUCUCAAGAAGAGCAGAGUGGAAGGACGAAAAACUCCCCAGUGACUGUCCUCGCCGUUGUGGCGCCUUCCUAACCAUCUGUAUUUUUAGCUUCAUGGGUUAUGGAACGGAGUGGUAGUAUCAGUGCAGUAGUGCACAAUGAGGCAAGGGAGUUAAUAGCAGGUCUGUGAAGUUCUGCAACUUUGUAAGGUGGGGGAUAUGGAAUUGCAUUCUGCAAAAAGAUGCUCAAAGGCUUAAAUUGGGUGUUAAAAAAAUUCAGAGAUAUUUCCCUCAUUUAGGUUCACGUUAUUCUUGAUUUUUUGCUCAGUAGGUCAAUGUUAUUCUUCAAGUUGUAUAUGCAAGUCUGUAAAUAAGAUGAACAUGUUUCAGUGGAGUAAAAUCUAAUAACCAAAAGUCAA